AUGGUAAUUGACUUUUUUCGGUGGGAAAAGGUUACUCUCAUGGGCCACAGCAUGGGAGGCCAAAUUGCCACAUUCGUUGCUUCGAUAUUUUCCGACAAAAUCCUUAAGCUCAUCAGUUUGGAUGCUCUCAAGCUCCGAUCUUCCGAUCCAGACAACUUUAGCAAUGAGAUGAAAAGUGUUUUAACAGAUUUUCAAAGCAUGGCCAAAAAACUGGAGCAAAUCCCACGGACAUCUUCCAUCACAACAUAUAAUCAAGCGCGUGAGAAACUCAUCAGAAACUACUCUGGAUCGGUUGAAGCCAAGCACGCCGACUUCCUGCUCGCCCGUAGUUUGCGAAAGAAAGGCGAUGAUGAGUAUGAAUAUACACGAGACUUGCGCACCAUCAUCCGCCCGUUCCUUUUCAAUGAUUUUACCACUGAAAAGCUCAGAGAAAUAGCUCGUGGUAUUUUAUGCCCAUUUCUGCUGAUACGCGCAAGAAAUUCGAUUACUUCUGUCUCAUCCGAACCAGUGCAAUUGCACCAAGAAUUCAUCGAGAUCUAUCGCAACGCCAGUAAAGAUUUCCAGUUGAUUGAGAUGGAUGGUAAGCACCACAUCCAUUUAACUCACCCAGAAUUGGUCGCUCCCUACAUUUGCGAUUUUCUCAAUAAAAAUAUAUAG